UGCAUUCUGAAAAAUCAGGCAUAUUCUGCGGACAGACUGCAGUCGGCUCAGGUUUUCUGUUCUGGAUUUUAAGAAACUAUUGUUCCUUUGAGCAGUUUUACUGACCCUGGAUCAGUUUCUGGUGUAGAAAUCAAACAGAAUUAAUUUCAUCAGUAUUUUUUAUCGAUCAGGCCAGAGCUCCAGCAAUGCAUCACUUAAUUUCUUUAUUGUUAGUCAUUAUUGGGCUGCAUGUGAGCAUUCAGACAUUCAUAAUGGAUUCUGAUCCAGACAUCAACAGAAAAAACAGAUGGUGGCUGAAUGUGUACUAUGGAACGAACUGGGGAUCAUGGGGGUUUAAGGACAUCUGUCCAAAUGGAACGUACGCUGCAGGGUUCAGUCUAAAGGUGGAACAACUUUCCUAUGGCUUUUGGGAUGAUAACACUGCACUCAACGGGAUUCGCCUUCACUGCGUCGAUCCGUCCAAAGGCUUUUCAAGCUCAUAUGAAAACUAUGCCUCAGUUCAGUCAGAAGUAGGAAGCUGGGGUCAGUGGACAGAAAUCAAAUGGUGCCCUUCUGGAUUCUUGACAGCAUUUCAGCUGAGAGUCGAAUCUUCUCAAGGAAUUGAAGACGACACAGCCGCAAACAACAUCAGAUUCAGAUGCAGUCGAGGGUCUUUGUUGGAGGGUGACGGCACAGCCUGGGGCGAGUGGGGCUAUAUGAGCAGAACAUGUGAAGGAAAAGCGAUUUGUGGCAUCAUGACACAGGUAGAAGAGCCACAGGGAAUGAGAGAUGACACCGCUCUCAAUGACGCGAGCAUGUUAUGCUGCGAUUAAGGUGUAAGCGGACGACAGCAAGAACAGCUAAAAGAUCAGAUGGAUUGUAAUAAUUGAUUGAAUGCAAUGAUGAGCUAACAAAACUGUGGUAUGACACGGUUCAUGUAAGUGAAA